UCUGUCGUCUUGUCGUCUUUGGCAGUUUGUAGAGCGAGGAAAUUACACAUAAUUUCGUGAAAUAUAAAAUUAAAAUCACGUUUCUUAAAAUCAAACGAAGUGUCCUCCAAAUAGAAAAUUAGUUAUUUCUUCUUAAUAUAUUGUUCUUUUUCUGAACAUACUGACAUCUAAAAUAUUUUUUGUCUUGUGACAUUUCUAUAAAGACUUCGAAAAUGACAGAUGACUCUUGGAGAACUAAUACAUUUAGGCAAAGUGUUGUUAACAAAAUAGACGAAGCAAUUCGUCAGUCUGGAAUGAACACAUCAAGAAACAGUAUCGAAAUGGAGAAUCAUGUAUUUCAGAAAGCGAAAAAUAAAGAAGAGUAUCUUGGAUUCGUUGCAAGGCUUAUUCUACAUGUUCGUGAAAUGAAACCGAAACAAGGUGGGGGUAUGGCUGGUCCCGGGCAGGGCCAAGUUGGCCCGGGGAUGCCCGAUCCCAUCAAUGCCCUACAAAAUUUGGCUUCCCAGGGAAGCCGCAACCCGAUGAUAAACAUGGCGCCUCAACCCGGUCAAAUGGGUGGUCCUCAACAACCGACAGCCACCAAUCUACUGCAGACCUUAAAUAGGGGUCCUGCGCAGCAGAUGAUGUUGGGUAAUAUGUCGGGAAAUAUGGCAGGUAACAUGCCCAUGCAGGACAGGCAGAAUAUAGGGAUGCCCCCAAACGGGAGCCAGAUGACUAGAACAGACCAGAUUAACAAUCAAAUGGCAAAUCAAAUAAGAAUGCAACAAAUACAAAACAGUGCUCUCAAUCAGAUGCCUAAUCAGAUGCAGACACAUCUGAGUAAUCAAAUGCAGAAUUCCGUGCAGAAUCAGAUCGGAAAUCAAAUGCCAGGACAGAUUCAGGGACAGUUGCAGAUGCAGGGCAAUCUGGGUGGGGCUAUGGCAAACCAGAUUCAAAACCAAAUGAUAGGUGGCAUGAACCAAAUCCCCCAACAAAAGGCACAAACGAUGAUAAUGAACCAGAUAACCCCUAAUUUCCCGCGAAAUCCAACCCCAAACCAAAUUUUCAAUCAGAGUCCGUCCCCCUCAGUCCAAUCCCCAGCCGGUCUAGGCAGUCAACCACCAGUUGCUUCCCCCGCCCUGGCACCCUCGCCUGGAGCACCCAUGAGCAUGAUGGGGGCCGGGGCCCCACCGAGAUCAGUCGGUAUGGCUCCAAGUCCCGGCAGCACCUUGAAUACUCCCGGUCAGCCGAAUCAGAGCCCGAUGGGUGGCGGGGCCAUGACUGACGAUCAGGCUUAUAGGGAAAAAGUCAGGCAGCUCACUAAGUACAUCGAGCCUCUGAGGAAGAUGAUCACGAAAAUGGGAAAUGAAGAUAUCGAGAAGAUGAGCAAGAUGAAAAAACUCCUGGAAAUAUUGUCUAAUCCUCAAAAGAGGGUACCUUUGGACACCUUAAAAAAAUGUGAGAUAGUACUGGAGAAAAUUGACUUUAAAAGGGGGGACGGUAGCGUUCCCGCCACCUCUACGGCUCAUCUGCCUUUUAAAGAACCCCAUGUUUUUCAUUCACUAUUGGAUGCAGUUAAUGCCAAUCUACAGAGUCCUGUUAUCAAUCACACCCUGCACCGUACAUUCGGGCCGACACUUGAAGCCCUUUUUGGUCCAGAAAUUAAACUGGUACCCCCGCUAAAGAAACUAAAACUGGAGGAACCCACUAGCGACAUUCCCGACGUCUUACAAGGCGAAAUAGCCCGCUUAGACCAACGAUUCAAAGUCUCUCUAGACCCCAACCAGCAACCAGGCUCGAAAUCCAUCCAUCUUACGUGCUGGCUGGACGACAAACAUCUACCGUGUGUCCCACCCAUGUCUCUAACUGUCCCCGAGGACUAUCCAAAGACGGCCCCGACCUGCCACAUGGCACCUCAGGAAUACAAUGCCACUCAGUUCCUGUCGGCGGUGCAAACCGCGCUGUUGGCGAGGAUUAAGAAGCUGCCCAAGCAUUUUUCGGUGUCGCAGCUUUUGGACACGUGGGAGAUGAGCGUCAGGCAGGCUUCUGCGCCCACAAAUACCCCGGUUAGUACCCAGACGAUUAUGAUGGGGCUGUGAAGGAUGUAGGUAGUGUGCCGUAAAUUAUUCUUAGGAAAUAUUGUGUGUGUAAUUGUUUCAGUACUCAGAUCGUUACGAGUAAGUAAAUGUGUAAGUGUCUUCGUACAGUGCCUUCAUAAAUGAUUACAAGCCACGUGAUCAGUAAUUGUUUGGGGCAGUGUCUUUAUUUUCUUCGCGUUGGCUAUUAAAUUCCGAUAAAAUUAUUUACUUUUCGGUUUUACGAUGCCGCUUGUUCAAUAGCGGCAAAUUACAAAUUUCUUUACAACAAACAGUAAUUUGAGUUUCAAACUAACUCCAUUUUAUAGAAAAUCUACGUUAGA